AUGGCAGAUCGCUACUCGUUUUCCUUGACUACCUUCUCUCCCAGCCUAAUUUUGUCUAUAGAAUAUGCUCUAAAUGCCGUUAACCAAGGUGUCACUGCUUUGGGCAUCAAAGCUACGAAUGGUGUCGUUCUUGCCACAGAGAAAAAAUCCUCUUCCCCCCUGAUAGAUCCUCCUUCACUGUCGAAAAUCUCCCUAAUCACCCCAGAUAUCGGCAUGGUCUACUCGGGCAUGGGUCCUGAUUACCGUGUCCUCGUCGACAAAGCUCGAAAGAUCUCUCAUACCGCUUAUAAACGAAUUUACAACGAAUACCCCCCGACUAGGAUAUUGGUCCAGGACGUUGCCCGUGUGGUGCAGGAGGCUACGCAGUCGGGAGGUGUCCGGCCAUAUGGCGUCAGCUUGCUCAUUGCCGGUUGGGAUGACGGAGUUGAACCCACCCCUGUGGAGGGAGAACUAGACAGAAACAAGAAGAAGGCGUCGGGUAAGACGGGAGGAAUCCUGAAGGGAGGCCCUAGUUUAUACCAGGUCGAUCCCAGCGGCAGUUACUUCCCAUGGAAAGCCACAGCUAUUGGCAAAAGCGCAACCAGCGCGAAAACAUUCCUCGAAAAGAGAUACACUGAGGGCCUUGAGCUGGAAGAUGCCAUCCAUAUAGCACUUCUCACGCUGAAGGAGACCAUUGAGGGUGAAAUGAACGGUGAAACUGUUGAAAUCGGCAUUGUUGGUCCACCGGCCGACCAUCUGUUGGGAUAUGAGGGAGUGGAAGGCGCAAGAGGGCCACGGUUCCGGAAGCUCAGCAAGGAGGAGAUUGAGGAUUACCUGACCAACUUAUGA